AGGAGCUCCAUACCUUGGUAGACUAUUGAUAAACCAGAAAGAACAACCACCUCGUCAUUGCAACUUCAAAGGAUUAAACUUGUGUUUAAUUCUUAGACCCCUUCUAAUAAUUUAUGCUUCUUCGCUGUUACAUAAUUUUCUCCAAAUCAUAUUUCACCAGCCAUUCGUUAUCAUGACGACCGAUAUCAAGGUUCCCGCCUUCGAGGCAACUCCGAUUGAUACUAUUCCCGAGAUCGUCGCAACAGCCCGCGCUUCAUUUCAGUCUCAGAAGACAAAAGAUGUCGAAUGGCGACUUGUACAGCUACGAAAGCUCUACUGGGGCCUUCGUGACUAUACUGAGAAGAUCCAAGCUGCUAUGAACAAGGACCUUCGAAAGCCACCUCAUGAUUCGAUUUUAUCCGAAAUCCACCAUCUUUUCCAAGAUCUUGAUCUUACACUCAAGAAACUGAAGGAGUGGGCGAAGGAUGAUAAGAGCGUUGAUUAUCCUUUCACAUUUACGCCUCUGAAGCCACGUCUCAGAAAGGAACCGCUGGGCACGGUCCUCAUCAUCGGUCCUUACAACUUCCCUCUCAUGAUCAAUAUUGCACCCCUCAUUGGUGCUAUUGCGGCAGGCUGCACUGCUAUCGUGAAACCGUCUGAGAAUUCUCCUGCUACCGCGAUGGUUGUGAAGGAGUUAGUCGAGAAUUACCUCGAUCCGUCAUGCUUCUUCGUCGUUAACGGUGCGGUACCCGAGACUACGGCACUACUGGAUCAAAAGUGGGACAAGAUCUUUUACACCGGAGGUGCAACUGUUGCGAAAAUCAUUGCAAAGAAAGCGGCUGAAACCCUGACACCGGUUGUUCACGAACUCGGCGGGCUGAACCCCUCAUUUGUUUCCAAGUCUACCAAUUUGGCACUAUCUGCUAGACGUCUGCUAUGGGGUAAGACGAUCAAUGCUGGCCAAGUGUGCUUGUCUCAGAAUUAUGUGCUUGUGCAGAGGGACAUAGUCGACGACUUCGUUAAGCAACUUCAGGCGAGCUACAAGGAAUUCUACCCUAAUGGAGCCAAGACGACUACGGAUUAUGCGCGCAUAGUCAACGAGCGCCAAUUCAAUCGCAUAAAGAAUAUUCUCGACACUACUAACGGCAAGAUCGUAUUGGGCGGAGAGACAGAUAAAUCCGAUCUUUACAUUGCGCCGUCUGUCAUCCUCGUAGACUCCGUCGACGACCCUGCAAUAAAGGAGGAAUCCUUCGGACCUGUCUGGUCUAUUCUGCCGUAUGAUACUUUGGAUGACGCCAUCAAGAUUAUGAACCAGGUCGACCCCACCCCUCUCGCACUUACAACCUUUGGAUCGAAAGCCGAGAACGAGAAAAUCCUUAGCCAAGUAACCUCGGGUGGUGCUACCAUCAACGACGCCUGGAUGCACGGUGCCAUUGCUACACUACCUUUCGGUGGUGUUGGUCAAUCCGGUACCGGCGCAUACCACGGCAAAUCGUCUUUUGACACAUUCACACAUCUACGUACCGUCGUUGAGGUACCUGGUUGGAUGGACCAGCUUCUACGCGUGCGCUACUCGCCCUUCUCACCGACCGACUUCAAGCGCCACAUUUGGAUGACCAGCUCCAAGCCCAACUUCGAUCGCAACGGCAAGCUCAUCUCCGGGCCCCGCUACUGGUUCUGGCUUAUCUUUGGACUUGGUGGACCCUCUGUUAAAGGUGCGUUAUUACGGUGGAUCGUUCUUUUUGCCUCGGCCUAUGCCGCAUUUUAUCAGUACCGAAAGUCCUGGUGAUAUAAUUAUCGUCGUUCAAUAUGACGAAAUGUGACUUGGGAAGGGAAAUGGUGAAUAUAACCGCUCAUAAGCAAAGCUCCGAUUUGGCAUUCUCCGAGCGCAAUCGAUAUUCUCGGUCUGUGUAAACUAUGUCUUUCGCGAGACGAAUCUUCUGCGUUCUAUCGCAGUAUAUUGGCUACCUAUGGGUUCGAGCCGAAUGUAUUGAGUAAUAAGGAGAAUCGGUGCAUUCUUCCUAUUAGGAUCAUCAAAAAUGCAUGAAUGAUAGGGGAUAGGGGUGUUUAGGUAGUCAACAUAAUGAGAGCUGAAUAAGGCCAUUUAAUUGAGAACAUCGCACAAACC